AUGGCGGACGGCGAAGCUCUCCUAGCACAAGCGGCUUCGGCUCCUGAAACUCCGCGACGCAAGCUGAAAAAGAAAUCUGAAGGGAAGGGGGCAAACAAAUUGGGGAGAUCAUCAUCACAGAGUAAGAAGCGGGAACUUAAGCGAAGCAACAGUGGGGGCAUCGCGGCUAACAAGACCAAGGGAAGAGUCCAUCGAAGCCUAAGUGAAGAUGACGGGGAAUCUAAGCCAAACCAGAAGCUGAAAAAUACGAGUAAGGCGACUGAAACAUCAUCACUUUCUUCAUCAAAACGGCACAAAAGGAAAGCAAAAAAAGAAGCUUCUGGAGCGUCUGAAACAAGAACAAGAUCUCCAAGGACUUCAAAAUCACCGACAAGGAGAUCCAUGUCACCACUAAAUUUGAUAUCUCCAAGAAGCCGUCGCGAAGAGAGCAGCAAGAGUCCUAAGAGCCCUAAGAGCCCACUCGCCGAAGGUGGUCAAUUGACCAAACUUUAUUCUUGGUGGGACAUAGCCCCCAAGCAUGCCAAGCUGGAAUCAGACGAUGGCCGAGAUAGAACCCCGUCACCGCCGCCACCACCGCCAACUUCAAGGCAUCCAGCAUCUGCACGAUCGACGAACACUCGAACAAUGAUGCGAAAAACAUCGGAUAGGGAACUCCCUCCUGUUCCGAAGUCAGCUGUUGUCACCAAACGCAAGAUAUCCAGAAGGCCGCGCAAGGGUAGCUUUGACUCGAUUGAAGAGCAUGAUGGUCUCGAAGCUACCAAGACUUGGCUGUCAGCGGAUGUAGGGGGGAAUGAUAACGACGACGACAGUAGCAAGAAAUCGAAAUCGAAAUCGAAAAAGAAACGUCCAACGCAUCAAAAACAAAAGUCGGAGAAGGUUUCCAGCAAUUAUGCCACGUUGUUGGAUUCACCAUCCACCUCUUCCAUGACAUCAACAACUUCGGGUGAAUCACUAAAGGACCGCCUAAAAGACGCUAGACCAAUACCGCAAGUGGCAUCUCUGGGGCAACUAUUUGACAUUGCCCAAGGGGACACAGGGGCAGCGAAUGAUACUGAUUCGGAAGAUGAUAGCGUAGGUACUUUUGCGUCAGAACAACAAGUCAAGUGGUUCGAACUAGAACUAAAUAAUCCGGCCGAUAUUGUCAUCAAGGCGAUGGGUGAGGAUGGUUCCCUAGAAACUACCACCGUACCAGCUGACAGUGCCAUGAUGAAUACCUUGUCAGAUGAUAUUAGCGAUUCCUUCCGCAGCACAAAUUCGAAACACAAGCAUUCUACGAAACGUUCCAAGACUCCCUCCUUGGAUGAAACGAUUGCCAGAGAUCAGAGAUUUUUGCAAAAUAGACCAUCUGACGAACGAACGAGUUGUACGCUGGGAACGGGGGGAACGGCCGAGUCGGAACAGACAGCAAAGGCUGCGAAUCAUGAUGCAAGAGUAAGCGACACGGUCCCUACAUUUGGUUCUCAGGAUCUCAAGACAGAGGAGGAGGAGGAUGAUAACGACAAUGAUGACGAUGGUGAUGAUGGCAAUGACAAACUAGACGACGCGAGUAGUCAUUCUCGAUCGUCCGGUAGAUCCACCAAGUCUUCCAAGUCUUCUAAAUCCAACAAGUCGUCUAAGUCUUCUAAGUCACUUCCCACAAGACGUGGCGGUAAAAAGAAGAAGAAAGACGCAAAUCUAGCUUCCUCCAAUCAUGAGCCCCGCCGAACAGUCCGACGAAGUAAAUCCAAUCGACGGCAGGCACGACCCAAGUCAGAGGGUGGUCCUCGUUCCCGCAGCCGUUCCGGUCGGGCAACUCGCAAAGGUUCCAGUCAUCCCACGAAACCAGAGAAGCCGUCCUCGUCCUCGUCGGAGAUUGACGAGUUUAUGGCCAUGACCAAAGAAAAAUCAAAUACCGCUGAAAUCAAGGAGAACACGGAUGGUACCAUGAGCACCGCAACGGAGAGUACCAUGACUCCGGACACGACGACGAGAUCUCGUCGCGGUUCUGUGGGGGCUAUAAACCAAACUCUGAUACAGAACUUUCAGUUAACAUUUUAG